AUGCCAGAUUAUGAUCCAUUACCACCAGAACCAGAUAAUUCAACAACAGGAGGUGGUAAUGAAAGUGGUGGUGACACUAAUGUACCAUUUAAUCCAACAGUAAAGAAAUUCCUGAUAUUCUGGAUCGUUGUUACAAUUGUUGAAUUUAUUAUUAUUUUGGUUUUCUUAUUCGCUUGUCCUAAUCGCUUCUAUAGAUCAGGUAUUUUGUGCAAUGUUUGUUAUGAUUGCUGCUGUAAUAGAACAGAACAUUUGCAAGAAUUUUAUGAAAAUCAUCAUAGACAUUUCUGUUCUAACUAUUGCGGAUUAUUGGGAUGCGCAUUAGGUUGCAACGUGAGCGGUAAAUAUGGAAACAUAUUUGAUUUAUUCUGCUACAGAUGUGGAUGUGAUUGUGAUGAUGCUGUUCCAAUCAAAUGUCCAGAAUGCUCAUGUGAUUAUACAUGGCUAUGUUUCUGCUCAAGUUGGUGGAAUAUGGUUAAGCAAUCCCCAUUAGAUGUGAUGUUCAUUAUUUAUUGCAUCAUUAUCUUUAUCUUCAUUUUAAUUACAGGCCCAAUUUCAUUAACUUACAUUUUAUUAACAGUCUCAAGUGCUCAAGCAAGAUCAGAACUUGCAUUUGAAUCUACAUUUUUGAAAGAUCCGAAAUAUUACGAAGAAUAUAAGAAAUCAAAUCCAAAGAAGAAACAAACAAGAAAUGUCACAGAAAUGGCCCUUAAUGAAGAAGACGCACAAACAGAGAAAACAUUUUAUUCUUAA